GUACGGCCCUGAUUAUUGUUAUUAUUGGAUAACAUGUUCCUUGAAAUUAUAUAUCGAUUGUUUUACGGAGCGUAUGUACUGUAAAAAAAUUAAAAUCAUCUACAUAAAGCUAUUUUAAUCAGACUAAUUUAAACCCAGUAAGUUAAACACAUUGUAAAUUUGCAUCGUGUUUCAGCAUAUUAAUAAAUUAGCCUUGUUUGACUUAUUGAUUCUCUUCGAUCAGUUUAUUAAGACUAGGCAUUCGCAUCGUGUUGCUAAUUGAUCAGCCCGUAAUGUAUAUAAUUAUUUUGUUUUCCGACAAUGACGGUUACAAUAACGAAACCGUUAGUUGUCGCUCGUGACACGUAUAGCGUACUUAUCGUUGGUUAUGGUAGACACGAGUUCAAAUACUGAACGGGUCUUCAAUAAAAAUUAAAUACAUGAAACCCAUGAUUUAAACAUCGAUUUUUAAAACCCUUGAAAUUGUCCCACAGAACCCUUAAGUUCCACAGAACUCACUUUGGGAAUAGCUGACUUUCAAAAACAUUUGUAUAUAAAUGGAAAAUCCAAAUUAUGAACACGAAAAUGGCAAACAACAAAAUCCAGCUGUUAACAAUGGCAACUUACCGUUCAAUUAUGAUACAGUAAAUCAUGAUAUUGUUUUGACAUUCGAUGACGUACAAUCGGCAAAACAUAGUCUUAACUUGGAAACACUAUUAACCCGGAAUACCAAAGACGCAUGCCUAAAAAACCUAACUAUAUAUACCAAAAAAAAAUUUUUUAUACUACAAUGGAUUUUUACAUACUCAAUUCAAGACUUUGUUGGCGAUAUCUUGGCCGGCAUUACUAUCGGCUUGACAGUAAUACCUCAAUCGUUGGCGUUGGCUAGCAUAGCCGGAGUACCAGCUCAAUACGGUCUUUACAGUUCCUUCGUGGGCACAUUCAUUUACUUGCUGUUUGGUACCAGUAAAGUGGUGCCCAUGGGGCCGACCGCCAUCGUAGCAUUGUUGACAAACAACACGAUCGGUAACCGUGGACCAAUGUAUGCAACCAUGUUAUGCUUUACGACCGGCGCAAUCCAGGUGCUGAUGAGCUUCACAGGCCUGGGAAUCAUCGUUAACUUCAUAUCGGUACCCGUGUGCUCAGGGUUCACGUCGGCCUCGGCCAUUCUCGUCAUCAUGUCACAGCUGAAGGAUCUAAUUGGCGUCAAGGUAGGUGGCGGGAGUCUGUUGAAAAUGAUCAGGGUCACAUUGGAACACAUCAGUGGCAUAGGCGUAUGGGACACGGCCAUGGGGCUUGUGUGCAUAGCGACGGUUAUGUUUUUGAAGGCAUUUAGUAUAAUGCGUAUAGGCCCAAAAGAAGAAGAAUUACAAACUACAUGGCAAAAAAAUGUCAACCGGUUUAUUUGGGCCAUUGGUGCAUUUCGAAACUCGUUUGUAGUAAUCGUGUGUAGUAUUAUCUGUUAUUGGUGUAUACAUGAUAUACACCACGAUAUUACUUCAGAUAUAUCACCAUCAAUCCCUUUCAAAGUCAUCGGUAAAAUACCUCGCGGAUUGCCACAUUUUGAGUGGCCAAACUUCAGUGAUAACGGUACAAGUUUUUUCGAUAUGGUUUUCUCCAUGGGAUCUGGCGUCAUUGUCAUACCACUCAUAUCGCUGCUCGAGACAAUAUCACUAUGCAAAACAUUUGCUGACGGUCGUCCGGUGGACACCGACCAAGAGUUGUUGGCAAUCGGGCUGGCGAACUGGGGUAACUCGUUCUUCCUCGGCUUCCCCGGGGCCGGAGCGAUUGCGCGAGGUGCUCUGAACUAUUCGAGUGGCGUGCGGACGCCCCUCGGAGGACUGUAUACGGGACUCACUGUUAUGGCGGCGUUGCUGUUUUUGACGCCGUAUUUCUAUUACAUCCCGAAGACUUCGCUGGCUGCUGUCAUUAUCGCCGCCUCGUUUACGAUAUUCAACGUCAAAGUGGUCAAACACAUUUAUAAAUCGAAAAAAAGAGAUUUGGUCCUCAUGUUGAUCACGUUCUUUGCGUGUCUUUUUCUGCCCUUGGAAUACGGUGUACUCGUCGGUAUCGUUGCAAAUGUCGUGUUCAUACUAUGCAGUGCGGCGAAACCGAAAAUAUCCAUUCAAGUACAGCAGAAUCGAUAUGGGAUCAAAUACUUAUUGCUGACACCGGACAGGUAUUUGAUAUUCCCCUCAAUGGAAUACGUGAGGGAGACUAUUACCAAACACGGUCUAGCUCUCGGAAUUCCAGUCGUCAUUGAUGGUUCUAAGAUAUUCGAAGCUGAUUUUACAACGGCCGAAGUAUUUUCAAUGAUAUCACGAGAUUUAUCAAAAAAGGGCCAAUUCCUGUACCUUUACAAUCUAAAAUCUAGCGUCAUCAAUGUAUUCAAGGGACUGAAAAAUUGCAAUGUAUUCCUGUGUGCAAACAAAGACGAGUUAGACGAACUAUUGAUGAAACAUUUUGGAGCAACACAUUUCCAAGAACAAUAUCAAAACAAUACAAUCUGGACCACACAAAUGUAAACUAAAGUCAAACUUUAAAUAGACUUUCAAAUAAAUGUCAAAUAUCUGUUAAAAUUUGUAAAUAUAUUGCAAACAAAAAAGUGUGUUGUUUC